AUGCCAUACUUCAAGACGAGCCAGGAAUGGCUCGACCACUCCGUCGCUCUCCUCGAGGCUCGACCCUCCUCAACCCGCGUCACAACAAGAUACUCCAUCAAGCCCGUCAAGCCCCGCAAACAGACCACCACCACCAGCUCAGGAGACGAAUCAACAGCUCCCUUAGACCCAAAACCCCCGCGCGGCAGCCUCGUCCUCAAGACGUACGAUCCCGCCAGCGGCGUGACGCUCAAGUACCGCACCACAAAGGCCGCAGAGGUCACGCGCCUCAUGUCCGCCGCGCUGGGACGCCUGGGCAAGGCCAUGGCUGGCAUUCAGGACGUGCCGGAGGAGACGAUGCAGGAUGCUGAUGCGGCGGUGGAGACGCCGCAAGGAGAACAGACACCGCAGCAGGGUGCCGCUGCUGGAGGAGGUGGCGGCGGCGGUGGUGGAAAGAAGAAGAAGAAGGGCAAGAAAUGA